GGGUGGCGGGCGCGGGCCCUCUCUGGCUCCCGCCAGCCCGGCGGUCCUGAUGGGGGAGAAGGCUGCUCUGAAGCUGCUGGGGACAGAGCAAGACAAAGACCCUGGGCUCUUUGCCCGCACCCCUCCCUGCCCCCAGUGGGGCCCGGCGCCCCCGCGACUUGUGGACACGUGGGCACCCUGAGCCUGAGAAUCUCAGCCAGCCCAGCAGCCAGGGUCCCUCACAGCCUCCGUGCUGUCUGUGGAUAGGGCGUUGGGAGCCUGCUCUGCCUCCUCACAAUGGGCCGUGGGGGGUCCUCCUCAGCUCAGGAAGUCCCGGGGAAAAGCAGAGUUGAGGAUCUUAAGGAAUGAGGUGAAGGCUGGAGGACAUUGGCCUGUGUGUGGGAUCUGGUGCCUCACUUGUGUUCUGGGGCAGAGGGAACUGUUGUCAUAGUUCUGAGGCUGUCCCCAGGGCUCCCCAAGGUGGGAGAUGGACUGGAGAAGGACAGGCUUCUGACUUGGGGUUUAGUAGGUGGGCGUCAGCCUCUGAGUGGGAAGAUGCUGUGGGAAGCACUUGGGGGGCUCACUGAUGGAUAGAGUCCGGUAAGCCCCCAUACACCGGGCAGCUGUGCCCCCAGUACCUGCCUGCUGCCACAGGGAGGGUGAGGAGGGACUGUGGCAGCCUCCCCAAGCUUGGCUGGGGUGGCAGACUGCGUGUGUGACCGUCUGUGAGUCUGUGAGCGCGGCAGGGCCUGCUCCUUGCUCCAUGGUCCCCUGAGCCCGCGAAGGCCACCUGGGCAACAACCCAGCCUUUCAGUUUCUCCUUCAGGCUGGGUUGGGAGGUGGGCCCAAAGCUCACUAAGGGCCCUGGUCUGGGGUUUACCUGGAAGCCCCUGGUAACAAACAGCCCCUCCCCUUCUGGGUGCUGGUAUCCAUGGCAACACUCUAGAGCCUUUCUUCCCUAGGUGCGCUUGGAUUUCAGGCCUCAGGUGAGUGUUUGGGGUCAGGCCCUGGGCCUGGGGGCAUCACAGGCAAAGGACCAGUCCCUCUGGGGACUCUUGCUCUAGGUUGAGGGACAGGACCUCAGGUCCUAGAAGGCAGGGGUGAUGGGGGAUGACAACAGGAAAUGUCCACUCAGGUGACAUGUUGCCUGGGGGUGACCUGCUGCCUUGUCCCGGUCAGAAUUAUACAGAUGUGGGCACACGUGUGACCAGCAGUCUAGUGUCCUGUGGGGUACGGGCACACAUGCACACACACGCAGACCUGUUUGGAGUGGUGCUGUCAGACAUACGCACACACUCAUGGCCUUGUAGGGAGAGCCCCGCAGGGGUAGCCACACAUAGGACACAAGGAUGACAGCCAUACCAUCCCUCGCAGCUCCCCCAGCAACACCGAGAAUGGCGCCCGAGUCUUGCCGAGAGAAUGAAGAAGCCGAGAAAAAGGCUCCCUUAUCCCAGGUGGACCAAGAGCUGGUCAGCGCCCACCUGGAGCCUCCUGUGGGCGCACCUCCAGAGCCGGGGGGUCCCACAUGCGCACAGGAUGCCAAGCCCAGCUCUACACAGGGGGUCUUCUCGGUCAACCUACAGUUGGCCCCUGAGUCUCUGGACACUCGCACCUUGCGGCUACUGUGGGGCCAACGGGAGCUGGAGAUCCAGGCUCUGCGGUGGGCCAUCCAGAACCGCCAGGAUGCCCGGCACUGCCACGUCCUGCGUGAGGUGGCUGGGCUUCCACCUGAGAGGAGUGCACGUAAUCAGGAAAAGUUCCUGCAAAAUCAGGUCCAAAAGCUGACUGUGGACUUGAAAAAGCAGAAGGAACAGGCCCAGCUGGAGAAGUCCCAGCUGGAGGAACGUCUGCUGCAGACCGCGACCACCAUGCAGCAGCUAGAGGCUGAGCUGCAGGCCUUCCAGAAGUCCUGCCUCCUGCAGCUGGCCCGCUCCUCCUGGGUGGGGCGCAUACUACGCUCCUCCACCGGCAGUGUGGAGGUGGUCACUGCAGAAACCCUGAUGGACUUCAGCGACGUCUCUGAGAGUGAACAAGGCCCCUCCACUGGGGAGGGUUUCCGGCUGGAGGACGUGGACUGGAACAGCAUUGCCCAGCGGUAUCCCAACCUCUUCAGCAACAUGGAGUCCAGCUCAGACCCGAAGCACCCACGGCCCCUGCCACCCUCAGAGGCCCCACUGUUGAGCGAGUGGGGCUCGGAGCUGCGCAGACCGGGGACAGAGCAGCGUCUCAAGAGUGUCGAGUGGAGUUCCCUGCCCUUCAUGGGCACGAGCAGCUCCGGGGGCGCGGACUCCGACUCCAGCAGUGGCCAGCUGGCUGAGCGUUAUUGUGUGCAGAAGGUGACAGGACACCCCCCAUGCACGCCAAGCCGAGACAAGCUAACGGAGGCCAGCUCCAGGAGCCUCAGCAGGGAAAUGCAGACACAGUCUGGAGUGCACCUGUGGGGUGCUGCGCAUCAGUUUGGCCUCGCAGGAGAUGUCCACAGUGCGUGCGGUGUACGGGGUGCCCCUUCCAACAGGUCUUUCCCUGGAUCUCAGGAUGGCCCAGCAGGACCAGCCAGCCCAGGGUGUUCCUGCCUGAAGAUUGUGGCAGUCAGUGCCCGGGAGAGGUUCGUGCGUGUCCUCAACCAGUCGCUGGAGGAGACCGAGGACCUGGGUGGCCUCAUGCUGCAGCAGCUGGAGUGCGGCUUUCCUGUGUGCAUGUACCGCUUCCCGCCCCGCACGCUGCUGCCUCCGCGCCACCAUGUCACAGUUUGGGGCGAGGGGCCCCGCAGCACCAAGAAGCACCUGCCCUCAUCCUUGGGCCAGGAGCCUGUGCACUUCCACUCUAGCCGGGGCUGUGUGACUCUCCUCCUGAACCCCAAGGGCGAGGUCCUGAGCCAGCAUCAGGCCGCCCACUGCGUGUCCCCCGCCUCGAGGAUCUUCGCUGACAACACUGAUUUGUCCAUAGACCGCUUCCCGCUCUCAGAGGCCGGGCUGGUGGCCGACACCCGCACGCAGAGGCCCGGUCCUUGGCAGCUGCGGGCAGGCAGGGUGCAGGAGGCCCCAGCCAGACGGCAGAGACCCAGGUGGGCUCCGCGGGUCCCUGCCUCCCCAGGUCCCGGCCUCUCCAGGCUCCGCACCCCGCACCCGCCCCUUCCCGCAGGCGGGCUUCAGAUCUCACGAGCCCCUCGCCCCACCAGGACGCGGGGCCUCUUCCCCCGGCUGAGCGCCAGCAAGACCUUCCGCCCGCGGGUUGUGCCAGCGCCGUCCGAGGCCGCCGAGACGCCGGCACCCGAGCUCCUGCCCGCCAUCCCCGAGGCCGGGCUGCUCCUCGAGGACUGCCAGGCUAGGAAGGAGCCCAGGGUCCGGGUGUGCUGCAAGGGCGUGGACCGGGGCUGCCCGAUGGUGGCGUUGUCGGUGCAGAGCGCGGCUGAGAGCAGAUACGGCUUCCGCUUCCUCCCCUGCCCGCCGGUCACCGCCGCCAGGAGAGCGCGGCUGUAGGCGGACUGCGCUGGGCGGGCGCCGGGGCCGAGGGGCGGCGCUGGGAGAGAGGGGGGGGAGGCGGGCCGAGCCGGCGGCAGCGUUUAUUGAACCAACAUCGCCUACGAAGUAAAGAGCAUUCAUGUACACCUGA